AUGAAGAGUGAUGGAAUACAUCAGAAAGGAUUACGAUUUUCCUUAAUGAUUUGUCAUUUUAUGGUUCCGGCAUCCAUUAACUGCAGAUUGCUUGAACAUCAGAGAGAGGGAGUGAAGUUUCUAUAUAAUCUGUACAAGAACAACCAUGGAGGUAUUCUUGGUGAUGACAUGGGACUAGGAAAAACCAUCCAAACUAUUGCAUUCUUGGCUGCUGUGUUUGGGAACGAUGGGGAUUGUAUGGACUCCACAUUACUGAAGAAGAAUCAGACAGCAGAAAGAGGCCCUGUUCUCAUAGUUUGCCCUUCUUCAGUUAUCCACAAUUGGGAGAGUGAAUUCUCUAAGUGGGCUAACUUUAGUGUUGCUGUUUACCAUGGGCAAAUCGUGAUUUGGUUUAUGAUAAGUUAG